CGCGUACCGGAAGAAAAAUUAGCAAUAUGUGUUCGCGAUAAGAGGAGAUCGAUGCACUUUCGUUCGAAACGACAGCAAAUUACACGAGUUUCGGCGAUGUCGACAACAACGAGAGAUAAUUCAAGCACCCACGUAAAGAUUUUUCAAAACGGGACAGACGACGUUGAAUUCGAUGUAGAUAGAAGGAAAAAGAAAAAACGAAAGGAUUGAAUUUUUGCAAAAUGGGUUUGGGAAAAUUGUUGAGUUUCAAGAAAUCAAAACCGAAACAGGAUCCACCGGAGAAGAAGAAAGAUGCGCCAACUGAAAAACAGCAAACAGAAGCUACAAAAAUUAACAAAGCAAAUGUAGUUUACCCCUUUCACGAUGUAAAGGCGACUAGUUUUCCUCCUCCUCUGUCAAUAGACGCGUCGGUGUACACUGAUCCUAAAAAUUUAAAUACUGCACACUCUGAGAAUGAAAAGGUACCUGGAAAUUCUGAUAAAAAUGGUAAACAAGGCUUGCAGAAGAAUGACAAAGAGAAGGAGGAUAAAAUCAAAGAUAAAAUUGAGGAUAAAAUCGAGGAUAAAAUCGAGGAUGAUAAGAAAAGAUACUCCUUUGAACAUAAAGUUUGUGAUUCAAAAACUUGCACUAAGGAAAAAUGUAACUCAGAUACAUGUGUGAAGGAUAGAAUCGAUACUUUUAAGAAACCAAGUGACGUGACAGAUAAAAUUGGCCAGGAUAAAUUGACGGAAAUGAUCAAUAGUUCGAUCAAGGAAGCGAUGCAAACGAUCGUGAAGCAAUGUAGAAUGGACGAUGGAAAGGGACAGAAUAAACAAUUGAAAGAUGACAAAUUAGUAUGUAAUACAAAAGGUAAAUACGAGUAUAGAUCGCGUCGAAGGUCUCCCAAAAGUGGUUUAAAACCGAGUUACUUCCGGGAGAAGCACCAUGCUGUUCGUUCAAAAAGAAUGCACGAGGGAAAGAUAAAAGGUCACGAUAAGAAAGGCAUUGAGAUCGAAGGGACUGGGAGUAAAAAACACUCGAAAUUGACGAGCGAUUGUCGAACCGAUAAUCGUAGGAUGACCGGAAACGUGAAUAUCUAUAUCUGCUCGGAAACCAACGAAAAUACACAGCCAUGCAUAUCCAAAAAACCUGAGCAGCCGUGCACAGAAUCGAGUUCGGAAACAACCACGGACCAAUCGAAGAUAUGUUCGAGUAAACUUGUGACCUGCAUUCGAAACAAGCGCAGGAAAUUCAAAGAACAAAAAUCAUUGGAUCUUCUUCCGCAAAAAGAGGAAAGUAGCGACAACAGCAACAUAUCCAGCCUCGUUUCGAAAUCCACAGAUUCUAACAUCGUGAUAGGAGAAGAAAGUAACGAUUUCCUUGUGUGCAAGGAUACAGAGUCUACUUUAACCGAAUGCGAAUGCAAGGACAGUAGCAACAGCGAUGCAACGAUAAAUGGAUCGGAUGAAUUUUUCAGAAGAUCGAAGUACGUCGUGUGUGAUAGCAUAGAAAAGCCUUGUUCCACGAUUUAUCCUUCGAAAAUUAAUUCGAAAUCAGACACCGAUGAAUGGUCGUCGAAAUCAAUCUGCAGCAGUCGAAACGAUGAUUACACCUCUCUGGAUCGACAACGAGGAAUCGUGUUGUGUGAUAAAAAGCCUGAAUUUGACUACAGUAAUUAUAAUAAAUUGAAAGAGGGAAGGAAGUUCCCGAAGGCUUGCAGAUGUCGUAAACAAAAUCGGGAACCCAUUGGUGAUAGACGGUGCAGUUGUGGUGGAAAGAGACGAAGGGCGAUGGAAAAAGAGAAUUUUGUUCAGCCAUUGUCAACCUGCGCUUGUAUUGCUGAAGAAGAAGAGGAGGAUGUGUGUAUGGAUGUUGAAACUUAUAAGAAAUCAGUGGAAGAUCCGGUAAGCGUUUGUCGAGAUGCUUCUAAGAGUUUAGAAGAACCUGUAGAAAAAUUUGUAGCGUGUACCAAAAAAAGUGCUGGGAAAGAGAAAGAAAAGGAAAGUGAACAAAUUGAUGAAGAAACAGAGGAAGAGAAGAAAGAAAAUUUAGAGAAAGUGCCAGCUCCUCCAUCGACGCCUCGAAAAUUGAUAAGACCCGAAGCUUUGAUGCUAAAAAAUAUUUUAAAGCAGCAGAAUAAGCUAGCUGCGCAAACUAUUGAUCAAACUAAUACUAAUCAAGCUCCAAUGACAAAACCAAAUGCAAUAGAAAAUAAAAUGAAUCCGUCGAGUAACAAUGCAAAUAAUUCUCAAACGAAAGCUGAGCCAGCAUUUUUAAAACGAUUCAACCUGAAGGAGCAGCAUAAAUUUAUAAAAAAAUCAGAGAUUGAAAAAGAACAGACCCUUUCACAGAAACCGGAAGACAAAACGCAGGAACUUAAAGAGAAUGAAGAAGAUAAAGGUGCCAGGAAGUCCUUCCAGGAAAAAGUGAGGAGUAGCAUGCUCUAUAAGAGUUUCAGAAAAGUUCUCGAGAAAAAGGAAAGUCCAGAAAGAAAAUCUAAGGAGGAAGAUAAGGUCGGUGAAGAUACGAAGGGCAGCGCCAACAAAAAAGCAAGAGUUGAUGGCGAUCGGUUACCCAAAGAUUCUAAAGACACGAAAGAGAAAGAAAAAUUCUUUCAUAAAAUGAUGAAAGGGAAAAAGAAUAAGCAUGAAACAAACAUUUCACAGAAGAUUUCUGAAAAUGAUGCUGAUUCCAAGCCUGUUGAAUCAAUAAAGAUUGAAGAAGAAAAAAAAAAUAUGAAAGAGGAAACUUCUGAUAUUAAAGAAAAGGAAGAAAAGGCAAAAUUAUCGACCACGAUGGUUAAUAACAAACCUUCUCCUCCUUCAAUUAAAGAUACUAAAGUUGAAGAAAUGAAACAGAUAAAUCCUGAAAAAUCUGAAAAAGUAUCUGAGUCUCGGGAACCUAGACCAGCAAAGGACCCAGAAAUUCGACAGAAACCCGAUGACCGAGAAACAAAGAAACCAGAAACUCGAAAAUCUGUGAUGGAAGACAAAUGUAUAAAAAUUGACCUACCUUCUGAAGCACCUAAUGUGUGCGCCCAAUGCGUACGAAGGAAGUCAUUAAAUCAAGAAUCGAAACAAUGUUUGCAGAUUCACGUAUCAGAACCCCAUACAACCUGUGUGAAUCCAAACUUUAUAAGGUGUACAGAUAUUAAUGAAAAUUGUACCGUGGGUAAUGAGAGCAGAUGCACAUGUUAUUUACCAAUGUCACAGAGCACUAAUGAAUGUAUAAAUCAUCCGAAGAGCUGUUUGAAAAAAGAGAGACAGUUCCGUUGUCCGAAUUCUCAGGAAACCAGUGCUUCGAUUCCUUGUUACGAUAAGAGGAACUGGGCAGAGUGUGGGUGCAGAAGGGUGCUCUGCUGCGAGGAUUGUCGUAGGCCAAGGGCCGAGUGCAGUUGCAGGUCCACCUAUGUGCCCUGCGCUAAUUGUUGCAAACCGAGAAGCAAGUGCUCGUGCAAAUCAAUUUGCAAAACCAGAAGCACCUGCGGACACAUGAGGUCGAUGUUUUGUCUAUAUUGCGACAAUCCUCGGGAAACGUGUACGUGCAGAGCGCCGUUGAGAAAAUGCUCGUACUGCGAACUGUCGAUGGACCUGUGCAGGUGCGAGGAACGGAAGACGAUUUGCGAUGGAAGACCGGUCUUGACCGAGGCCGAUAACGAUCGCACCAUGUACGUUACCGCGUGGAAACCGAGGGAAGAGAUACGACGUUACUUCUCGAGAAACUUGGACGUUCUUCGAACCGAUUCUAUCAAUGAAUGCUGGUGCCAUGAAAAGCUGAAACACCACAACUCCGAUGACCUUCCUUAUCAACGUUUGAGCGUCUUCUCUGACGUGAUGGACGAGCUGCAGCAGAAGUUGAGCGAGUCUUCGUGCUGCACUCGUUGCAGGAAGAUUCCCUGUUGCUGCAAUCCUAACGAGGGAAAGAUAAAAUGCUGUGUCAGUCCUAAAACAAGACGAAAGCUGGUAGCAGUAUGCAUGGAGAAGCCAAAGGUUAAAUCACUGGGCAAUUACAAGUGUGACACGGGCAAGGAAAAAAGCGAUAGACCAAGAAAAAUAAUAGUAUCCCUCUGUUGCGAGUGCAAAUCUACACCGUGCAGAUGCAAAAAGUCUAAAUCGAAUCAGAAGAAACCAAGAGCAAAGUGUUAUUAUUGUAAAAGCUCGCCUUGCAUCUGCAUUGCGACCGGAGAAUGCAACAAACCGAGGCCGUGCAGGUGUAAUGAUUCACCUUGUCGCACGAAAGAGAAGGAAAAGGCACUGCGUGGAAAAACAUCCACGAAACCAAAGAACAAUGACGAAAAGAUAAUUUGUGUGCGGUAGAAAGUCACCUGUGAUUAUUUAACAGAAGAACACAUUCGUAUAUCGUCGAAACGAUCUAGUAACUGACAAUGAGAUCUUGACACGAUAGCUGAGGGAUUUUAUAGCUUUGAUGAUAAACAAAAGAAAGAUUGAUAAGCUGUUAUUUUGUUUUUAUUUUUGUAUGCGAUUAUUUAACCCCACAACACGUAUUAUAAGGAAAUGAUCUGGUAAUCGGGAUCUGAGAUCAAUUAAUGAUGAUUUGUAAAUGAUAAAAAAGUAGGAAUAUUACCAUGAUUUUCCAUGAAUUAAAACUAUUUACCGUGUUUAUUGAACGCGUUCUUGAAUAUGAUUCUAAAGAUUUUAGUCAUCAAAGGCAUUCAAGUAAUAUUGAUUUUACAAAUUAUGUAAUUUUGAUAAUGUUCCCUUAAUUUAAGAUUAAAACACUUUGUGUUUCAUUUAAGAAUAGAUAGAAGUCUAGUUUCAUUCAGCUUCCUUUCAAAUCUUUCCCCAUUCCAUUGACAUAUUUCUUCGCUAUUACGUUAAUCAGAAUGUACGUGCGAAAUAUUACAAAAUUGAUUAUGUGAAUCGUAGCGAUAUCAUCGAAGCAAAUAUUUAACUGUUCGAAGGUGGUAUGCGUUUAUCUCGUAUCGUUUUUUAUAUCAAAAAAUAACAGCAGUUGCUGUACACAAUGGUAGGUAUGUUGUUUUUUGAAUCAUAUAACAGCUGUAAAUUAAAAUGAAAGGCAUACGCGUGCGUGAUAAGAAACCCGAAAUUAUUCCGGUCGAAGGUAGUGGAAUUAAAAACAAAUUAAUGUCACGAGUUUCGGAAAAAAUGACGGAACAGUGCAAAUAAUUUGAAACUAAGAUAAAUUGGGAUAACAAAUUCUAAUAUUGAUUAUAAGAAAAUAUAAAAUAACGAGAACUUUCUGUCACAAAACCUUUCCUGUUUGAAAUCAUUAGGGAUAAAGGAUAUCCUAUAAUUAAAAUAUAUUGAUUUUCGAACUAUGGACCAUGGGUCAACUGUGACCUAGGACCUACGAAAUAUAUAUGGAUAUUUGCUCAUUGCAAGUCAAUAUUUAAAGCAAUAAUCUAAAAUUUUUAAAAUAAAAAUAAGAUUUAUAUUAUUGCUGUCUUAACACUUCGUCUUCCAAGGGUUAAUUAUUCCGUCCAUAUAAGAUUUAAAGGAACUUCGCUGUGCCCUCCCAUAAAUCAUUAGUUAAUGAAUUAUAUAACAGCGCAA